AUCAUACUUCAAUAUAUCCUAUUAUUCUUCUUCCGAAUCUUGAUUUCUUCAAGCUGUCAAUCAUCGUCUUCACCCCCAUCAUUUCAAUUUCUUGAACUUGCCGUCAUCUGGGUCUGCUCCCAAUUCGAUCUUUCUUCAAUUUCACUCAAAACCCUUGUGUGAAAUCGAACACAGAUCGAUCAAUCAAUCAUGGCCACCGAGAAGAAAACUUCACCGGUGUCUGAUGUGGGAGCAUGGGCCAUGAAUGUUGUAAGUUCUGUUGGGAUCAUUAUGGCGAACAAGCAACUUAUGUCUGCUAAUGGGUACUCGUUCACCUUUGCUACGACGUUAACUGGAUUUCAUUUUGCGGUAACUGCGCUAGUUGGAUUCGUGUCGAAUUCGACGGGAUACACUUCAGCCAAGCAUGUUCCUUUGUGGGAACUUCUUUGGUUUUCGAUUGUAGCGAAUAUGUCGAUUACAGGGAUGAACCUUAGUCUCAUGCUGAAUUCAGUUGGAUUUUACCAGAUUUCCAAACUCAGCAUGAUUCCGGUGGUUUGUGUGAUGGAAUGGAUUCUUCAUAGCAAGCGGUAUUCAAAGGAAGUCAAAGCUGCCGUUGUGGUUGUGGUUAUAGGCGUUGGUGUUUGCACUGUGACUGAUGUUAAAGUCAAUGCCAAAGGUUUUAUAUGCGCGUGUGUAGCAGUGUUAGCGACAUCGUUGCAACAAAUUUCUAUCGGGUCCUUGCAGAAGAAAUACUCGAUCGGAGCUUUUGAGUUGUUGAGUAAAACCGCUCCUAUUCAAGCUCUCUCACUUCUCGUAUUUGGUCCUUUCAUUGAUUAUUAUUUAAGCGGAAGAUUAAUUUCAGAUUACAUGAAAACCAUAUCUUCCGGUGCAAUUAUUUUCAUACUGAUUUCAUGCUCAUUGGCGGUUUUCUGCAACAUUAGCCAAUACCUCUGCAUCGGACGGUUUUCAGCCGUUUCAUUUCAAGUUUUGGGUCACAUGAAAACCGUAGCCGUGUUGACUUUAGGGUGGCUGUUGUUUGACUCUGAGUUGACUUUCAAGAACAUUGCGGGGAUGCUUGUUGCGGUUGCGGGUAUGGUGAUCUAUAGUUGGGCGGUUGAGGUCGAAAAGGCGGCUAACAAAAGCGUACCGCUUUCGAAGCACAGUUUGACUGAAGAAGAGUUGACUUUAUUGAAAGAUGGAUUGGAGAAGGGUCCAAUUAAGGACCCUGAGUUUGGGGAAUCUAAAUAGAGAAAUUUGAAAUAUGCAUUUGGUUUAUUGUUCUUCCAAAUUGGAAUCCAUAGUUUUGGUUGCUUUUUAAUGUGGUUUUGUAUGUUUUUAAUGUGGUUUUGUUCUUUGUUCUUCCAAAUUGGAAUCUAUAGUAUUUAUGUAGCUUUUAAGAUCAUUUGUUUAUGCAGUUAUAGAAACUCUUGUGUCCAGUUAAUAUAUUUAUUAAAUAUCAUCAGGUUGAUUCU